AAUAUAGUUUGACGCCUCCGUAACACCACCUACUGUACACGUGGCAUCGACAGAGACACCCUCUCAGUCCUUCGUCUUCUCCUUGAAGAAGAGUAUAGAAGGACGCAGAACCUAAAUUAUCAAGAGAGAGAGAAGAAGGUAAAGUUUUAGAGAGAGAAAGUGUUGGGGGUUUGGGGAGGAGGAUAGGGAGCGAGCGAGAGAGACGAUCUAUCGAUGCUCUGUAUUUGUUUCUGAGGAAAAUUUUGUUUUGGAAGAGGAGAUGUACGUAGCCUCCAUGCGGAAGUCUUUCAAGGAUUCUCUCAAAGUUCUUGAAGCCGAUAUUCAGCACGCCAAUACACUGGCGUCUGAUUUUUCUAGGGAAUAUGAUGGUGCCUGCCUUCAGAUGAGAAUGUCAUACAGUCCAGCUGCACACUUGUUCCUUUUUCUAGUUCAAUGGACAGACUGCCACCUUGCUGGUGCCCUUGGACUGUUGAGAAUCCUGAUUUACAAGGUCUAUGUUGAUGGCAGCACAAGCAUGUCUACCCAUGAAAGAAAAGCAAGUAUUAGAGAAUUCUAUGCGGUUAUUUAUCCCUCUUUACUGCAACUUCAAAGGGGAGUUACUGAUACAGAAGAUAAAAAACAGAAGGCAGUAUGCAUGGAAAGGUACAGAAGAAGAGAUGAAGAAGAACACAAGCAAUAUUCAGAUCUAGACCUUGAAAGAGAAGAAGAAUGUGGAAUCUGCAUGGAGAUGAACAGCAAGAUUGUUUUGCCAAACUGUAACCACGCCAUGUGCUUGAAAUGCUACCGCGAGUGGAGAACAAGAUCACAGUCAUGCCCCUUUUGCCGUGACAGUCUGAAGAGAGUAAAUUCUGGGGAUCUUUGGGUAUUCAUGGACAGCAGGGAUGUAGUUGACACGGCGACACUAACACGGGAGAAUCUUAGAAGGCUUUUCAUGUACAUAGAUAAGCUGCCUCUUAUUGUUCCCGAUACGCUUUUUGACACCUAUGAUUCUCAUAUAAGGUAGGCAGUUGGCUACGAACCUGACAUCUAAAAUGCAGCCUUCAUAUUAAUAUUUUGUAUGUUCCUUUUAUUUACAUAAGGACCGACAUUCAUUCGGUCAAUUUAGGUGAAAAAAAAAAAUGCAGUGUUUUGUUCUGCUUUUUAAUAGAACAACCCGGCCUGAGGUACUGUGGGCAGGGGGUUGAAGCUGAGAUAGUCUAAUUAGAAGGGGUCUAUAAAUUGUAUUUAGUGAAACUGUAAAUGCUUGUACAGCUUGAAUAAAAGUUGGUUGGUGGUUUUCUUUUUC